CUGAUGCUCUUGUUGGGCUGCUGGAAGUUCUUGCUAUAAUUUAAACGUGUAUUAAUAUUAUUGCCGUUUUCCUUUAAAUUAUGUUGCGUCCUAAAGCAUUAACACAAGUACUCAGUCAAGCAAACACCAGUGGCGUACAAAGCACGCUGUUAUUGAAUAAUGAAGGCUCUCUAUUGGCGUAUUCUGGAUAUGGAGACACUGAUGCAAGAGUCACUGCAGCCAUUGCCAGCAACAUCUGGGCAGCUUACGACAAAAACGGACACCAGGCCUUUAAUGAGGACAAACUGAAAUUCAUUCUGAUGGAUUGUAUGGAGGGCAGGGUGGCCAUUACACGUGUUGCAAACUUGUUGCUUUGCAUGUAUGCCAAGGAGACAGUAGGCUUUGGGAUGCUUAAAGCCAAGGUGAGAUUUGGCUGAAGCUUUAGUGCAGUACCUUGAGGAACCACUAACACAAGUGGCAGCGUCGUAGGAUGUACUCCUGUUUAUUUGUGUACAUUGAAACAGAAACUUCUGAAGAUCUUGGCCUUUAUAAUAUAUUAUCUAUGGCUUUAUUUAUUUGCAUACUCUAUAUGAUUGCUAUAUCAAACUGUGUGGCUAUUAGACCCAAAAUAAUGCUUUGCAUAAAUCAUUAAUAAUUACAUUUGAACUGCAUUUUCCAUUUCUUUGUUUAUGUCUCAGUAUUUUUGCAGUCAGUGUCAACAAUAUGAAAUACAUUUUGAAUAAUUUUUUGUUACAUGUUGUUAUUUUACCUUUAAAACAAGAAAUUGUUGCUUUUUAUUAACUACGUC